AUGCACAUUCUCCACUGUCACACUGCUGCUGUCCUUAUCUGCCACCUGAGGAACCCUGGUCCUGAGCACCACCGCCAGGUCGUCACCCCCACCCCUGUGCCCGAGUGCCAUGCAUCCUCAGCUUCUCCAAAUAGGAACCCUCAACUCUGCUGCAGUCCACCCCUGCACACCUCCCCCGGCCAAGCUCAUACAAAGCAGACUGCCGGCAAAUCCACUGGUGGCAAAGCACCCAGAAAACAACUGGCUACAAAAACCGCUCGCAAGAGUAUGACCUCUACUGGAGGGGUAAAGAAACCUCAUCAUUACAGGCCUGGUACUGUAGCACUCCGAGAAAUCAGACGCUAUCAGAAGUUCACUGAACUUCUGAUUCGCAAGCUCCCCUUUCAGCGUCUGGUGCGAGAAAUUGCUCAGAACUUCAAAACAGAUCUGCGCUUCCAGAGGGCGGCUAUUGGUGCUUUGCAGAAGGCAAGCGAGGCCCAUCUGGUUGGCCUUUUUGAAGAUACCAGCCUGUGUGCUAUCCAUGCCAAACGUGUAACAAUUAUGCCAAAAGACAUCCAGCUAGCACACCACACACGCGGAUAA